CUAUAAAGUGGCAUGAGCAGCUUCCUCUUCAUUCUCAUUCUGCAGCUACCUAUUUUACCUUUGGAUCCAGCGAACCACCGUAGCAGAAGCAGAAGAAGCAAUAGCCAUGGGUCACUCCAACGUUUGGAACUCUCACCCCAAGAACUACGGUCCUGGUUCUCGCACCUGCCGUGUUUGUGGAAACUCCCAUGGAUUGAUCAGGAAGUAUGGGCUCAUGUGCUGCAGGCAGUGCUUCCGCAGCAACGCUAAGGAAAUCGGAUUCAUCAAGUACCGCUGAAGGGUUGCAUGGUUGGUCAGAUGCCCACCAUACUAUUUUAGAAUUUUGCAUUAGGGAUGUGAGAAUCUUAAAGGAGUUGUUUAUGGCAAACUAGUUUUAUUAUCAGAACUGAAGCAGUGGAACUAUGAAUAUUUUAUUUUAAUAUCAAUUGUUUUUGACUGUCUGGUAUA